AUGUACCGCCUCGAGGCCCUGGAGGAGGAGGACGAGGGCCCGCACAGCGCUUCCGCCUCGACCUCGCUCGGAUCCUCGUCCACGGCGCCGAACCAGGGACACGCGCGGCAGCACUCGCGAAUCCAUGCGCGUAACCUUAGCGCCUUCUUUCCUCACCCGGGACAGACGGCCGAGGGGUACGGCGGGACCUUCGACGACCCUUUCGCGAAGCCGUUCCAGCCUGGAGUUGCCGACACGCCGUCUCCGUCUGCGCUAGCCUCCAACAACGUCGGAAGAUCGGCAGGUGAGACGCCGACGAAGGCGCAGAAUCGGCGAGGGCAUCACCACCGUCAUUCGGUCUCCCACGACCUCUUCACCUCCAGCCCGGCAGAGCGCUUGCCGUCCCCUACUACGACACGAACAUCGCAGAAGGGCAUCGAAGAUCAGCUUCCUGCACCUACCGCCACUUUCCGCCAGCGAUACGGCCGUCUACCGCUCGUUCUCCGACUCUUCCUCUACACCUCGUUCCACGUCCCGCUGGGGACUCGCGCGCUAUUGCUUCUGGCAGCCGCGCAAAUCGUCGCUGGUGCCGCGUUGUGGGUACAAGGGCAGGCGGGCGAGAGCUUGGCAUCGACAGGCCUGGGCUAUCUCGUCGUCUUCGACGGCAUCGGUGCCGUCUCGACUGUCCUUCUGGAGAGGGACGGAGGACUCGAGGCAAUCACGCAGGCGCUGGGAUCGCAGCGGAACAACUCGGUGCGGCGACCGUACGGCUCGACUCGCUACCUCACGCUGUCACACUUUGCGCAGGCCGUAUACCUGCUGUUCUCGGCAGUUUACGUCUGUAAGGAGUCAGUGGAGCAUGUCCUGCUGUUGCAUGGACCGGAGGAGGCCGACGGAGCGCAUGCUGCGGGGCACGGUGGCGUUGGCCACGGCGAAGGCUUGGCGACACUCAGUGAUCCGCACGGUGCUGGGAUCUCGCUCCCUCGCGCCGCCUUGACCGCCGCCGCUCUCCUCGCUGUCGCGCUCGCCGUCCUCGCGCGGAAUCAUAGCGGUCUGGCCGCAGCAGUUCGUCCCGGUAUCUUGUCGUCGCCGAGGCGCACAACCAGGUCGGAUCGGCCAUCCGCCUUGCAGCAGGCGCUGAAUCCCUUCAGCAUGACCACUCUCCUCUUUGCAAUAGCGCUGCUCGGCUCCGCAGCUGUGCUUCCUCCCGCGCAGCUGGCGCCGUUUGACAAGGUACUCGCCCUUCUCGAGUCGGUCGCCAUCUUCUACAUCGCCCAGCCAGCCGCGACCUCGACCGGUCAGGCUCUGCUUCAGACAUCCUCAAGCUUGUCCAGCGAGCAUGCUCGUCAAAUUGCGAGCAUCGUCCGGGAUGUUGAGGCGCUACCGACGGUUGUCUCUGUUUCUGAACCGCAUAUCUGGCAGCUCUGCGCGACGGAAGCUGCCGAUAGUGCUGGUGGACUGCAGCGAACGGUCGUCACUCUCGCCGUGAAGGCCCGUCAACAGGUCUUGGAUCCGGAAAUGCUGGAGAUUGUCCACUUUGCUCAGGAGCGGGUGGAUCGCGCAAAUAGCAGGAGGGAAGGAGAGCUGGACUUGACGGUAGAUGUUCGGCGGGCGCAAUGA